AUGGCCAGUACGAAUCCUAGCUCCCCCUCACAAGUCGCGCCCCCAGCGUCAGUACUCGUCCUGAUCACUUAUCGUGGGAAAAUUUCCGACGAUGACUUGCGAACCGUGACUGUACUGGCCUCUGACGGAUGGUCAUUGCUUCAUGUCCCGUAUGAUAUGUGCCCGCCAUGGGUGCAGGAUCAAUUUGCCAACCCGACACACGUAUGUUUGUCCUGGAAUCCCCCCACCGGCGAUCUCAAACGAAUGUUCAGGACUCUACCCGAAAUCGAUAGUCCGAUAUGGAGAAAUGACGUUGAUCAAUCAUUGACUUCCCUCUAUGCUCAGUCAUUCAAAGUAGUACUUCCAUUAGUUUCCCCAGACACUGCCCAUUGGAUUUCUGGUCGACGAGUAUUGGCGAAAGCGGACAAAGAAGAUGAACUCCGAAUCAGAGAGCUGAAUAUCUCUUUUUCUUGUGAAGAUUCGCCCGAACACAAGUCUGUGGUGUUUUCGUCCGCAGACGCAGGAGCGAUGGUUCUAUCUCGAACUAUAGAUGGUCAACUGUCCAUGAAAACCCUUGAAUCCUACCUUCAGGAUGUUGUGGAUGCUCUUGGCCAGUCACAACGUCUUCUGUCCGAUGGCCACGGAUUUGGUCCAGUACCUUGGGAAAUACCUGACGGAGCCGAAUAUCAGUAUUUGGCGCACUCCAGACAUGCUAUCGAGCGGCGACACACUCGAGACACUAAAGGGGCGUCUCGGCCGAUGUGCUCUAGCAGCGUUUCCAGAGAGAUCUCCGGUCGAUGCGGGGGAGCCAAUCGACGUGGACUGAGGCGAAGGCGGCAACAGAAUACACGACGGGAUCACUCUUGGUCCGAAUCAUCUCGAGCAUUCCGCCACAUCCUCUUGAACAACCCACUCUGCAUCGCCAUCACUUCCUCUGUCGAGACUUCGACACUCCGACACAAAGCAACGGAUUCACGACAAGGGAAAGACGUCCAAGAACCUGCAAGCUAUGCCCCAUACCUCUUAGUCCGUAAACCCACAAAGGGAGCGCCCUGUCUUGAAAUUCCUGUUCCAUACCCACCCGAUGUCACUUGGUGGCAUGACUUAUUUGACCGAGACCGAAAGGCCCAACCCACGGCAUCUGUGGCGACUGCAUUGGCGCCGUAUCUGGAAAGUGUGAUCUUAACAAAUUUUCGUCCCAUGUUAGUCGAAGAGCCCCGAUUCUCCACCCGUCAGCGCAAUCAAGCGGGGUGGACGGAGUGGACAGGGCUGCAGUCAGAAUUCAUGUCCGACGCCUGCCUUCUCUUAACAAAUAAGUUGCUGGUAGAUCCUAAUUUGCAAGGUAGGGUGACUGCUAGGGGGGUAGAAAUGGAGAUAGAGCUUGUGGAAGGGGCCAGAACAGGCAGGGGAGCGGGCACUGGGACAGGCAUGCGGACAAGCAAGCGGACAGGCAGUAUCAUGCUCGACGAAACGUUGGAUAUGAGAAUCGACAUGCGAGAAAUAUCAUACCCUAAGGAACCAAUUAUCGGGUACUGGAUUGCUGGUCAUAGGUUUGCGAGUUCUAUCGAGUAUCACAAGCAGUUGCGGGUGGGCAUUUUAAAUCUCACUUCUCAGAAAGUACUGAUGCAGGAGUCGCUUGUCUUCUCGAUUGCAGGCAAGGGGCCAUUGAUCCUCUCAGAGACCGAAAAUGAGGGAUUGGUCUUCCAGCCCCUCGCCACAUGCCUAGUACAUGCCAUCGGGAAGGUCGACGAGAGUCAUAUCGAAAAUCUAUGGAAGGCAAUAUUGCUCAACUCGACCACUUGGGCGGGUGCUAGCCGGCCUGAAUGGCCGCCUCACGGAGUCGUUCAGUUAGCAUGCGAUGGGAUUGCAGCACAGGUUGCAAAAUACGAUUCUUCCAUACCCAUCACUAUGUUGUCCACGAUUCCUAACGGGGAAUACGAUUCACAGGACACUAUCAGGUUGCGGAUCGAGUAUACGAUCUCACCCUUUGAUAAGAUUAUAUACCUUCAUUCACUACUCGAGGACAUUGGAAGGUCCAUACACCGACAAUCGUCGAACUUUUUUCUGCCUCGUGGCUCAUUGUCGGUCGAAGAGAAGGAAGUUAUGCGCAUGAUCACUGAGAAUACGAGAAACCUCUUUGAAGACGCCCCGAUCCAACGAGCCCAACGAGAGAGACGAGGCGAUAAACCGAGCGACGUGGAUUGA